AAACUGCAAAAUGAUAAUGGAUACAGCUGGAAACGAUCCGUACUGUUUUGUGGAGUUCUAUGAGCACCGGCACGCGGCUGCAGCGCUGGCUGCUAUGAAUGGCCGGAAGAUAAUGGGAGGUCAAAGUGAACUGGGCGACGACCCCCAGCAGCCAGAAGAAAGAUACCAGCAACCAUUUCCAUGUCUUUGUCGGAGACCUCAGUCCAGAAAUUACAACUGAAGAUAUAAAAGCCGCUUUUGCACCAUUUGGAAGAAUAUCUGUUGUCUGUACUGGACAUUGAAGUUUCUUGAUGGUGAUGUAAGAGAACAUAGAGUGCUUUGGAGUGUUGUGUAGUGAAGCGUUUAAUUGAAGUAAGUUUGUUUUUUGUUGUUUUUUUUUUCCCCUCUCAGAGUCCAGUGUAUUACUCUCUCAAUGCCAGCUUGAUUUCCUUUUAUGAUAAGGUUUAAAAAAAGAAAAAAACCCACCAAAUGUGAUCUGAAUGUGACUUGCUUCAGAUGACUGUAAUGCUUGACUGCAUCUUUUAUAACUGCCACCCAGGAAACGCAGAGGGUCGGGCUCCUAAGGAGAGGCCGUUUAUCCCCUGGCGCGGUGCGGUCCGGGUGGAAGGGACGAGGGGCUCUAAAGCUGGAAUGAGUGCGAGAGGGAGGCAGGAGUAGACGGCUGCGUUGGUGGCGCUGCGGUGGAGCUGUGAAAGGCAAUUUCCCCUAACUCAACAUUAGGUGACAGUUGAGUGGACAGCCCACCUUUAACAGAUGACACCCCCCACCCCCCAAAGAAAAUCAACCCUGAGCCUGAAGCAAAAAGUAACGCCUGAACGUCAACUGGGGAAGCACAAAAUCACAGCGAGCACCGGUCUGCGGUCCGCAUUUCUGGGGCUGUGCCCAUUGUCCCCUCUUUCCUAGAAGAGCUUUCUGGGUGCUGAGCCGUUGCUGCGUGGUGGUGGCGGUGGUGACGGGGAGAGGGGAGCGAUGCUCUGGCUUUUGGGGUACUCAGUGCAUGGCUAGAGAGCUGACCCGUGGAAAAUUCCCGGUUUGCCCUGGCUCACGCUGACUGUUCAGAAUGAAACUCCAGUUCUUUUCCUCCCACAAAAGCAGUUGAUUAAGAAUUGUCCCUGUAAUGACUCUUUCAAACUCUUGUUCCAAAAGCAAGGGGUUAAAUAAAGCCAAAGGGACCUAGAAUUUUCUGCUCGUUUAAAUUUAAACCUGGAAAAGUAUUACUACUGUCUCUUAAGCGGUUGAAUGAAGUUACUUGAUUUUACCUGUUCUUCAUCAGUGACUGGCUUCUGGAAAUGUGGUGCAAAUGGAAUAUUUCCUGAUACUUUUUUUUUUUAAUAUUGUCUUUAUUGGUGCUAAACUGAACUUUUUUUUUUUUUUUUUUUUAAAAUGACACCGAGGUUGACCUACUGCAUGAUUAGCGCAUAAGAAAUUUUGGUAAUUCUGUGCAUCUGGUUUUUUUUUAAUCACUGUAAAAGCACACUUUUCAUUGUGGUUUCCUUUUAUGCUUGCUGUACGCAUGUUUUCACCUGUUCUUAAGUCUUUAUUUUCAAAGUUUUCGGUUGAGGGUAAGUAGAGAUGAGUUCCCCUCUCCCUUCCCUCCCCAUAGGCUCUUCAGAGCAAACCUAUCUAAGCUUAACAAAGUGGCUCUUCUCAGGCAAUUUGUAACACACCACCCAAAUUCGGACCUAACCCAGCAAGGGGGCAAGAAAAAAGGGGGGAGGAGGAGGUGGGGGGAUGUCUCACAAAGAGGAAAGAAAGAAACAUUUCUGCCGUAGCUUUGGGAGAGGUGUUUUCCUCGGGCCUUCGGCAACAGCGCUGCGGGUACCAGAAUGAGACUCACGAUGCAUUUGCCGUUACUGUGAGGCUUAAAAAAGAAACACCCGAGCGUAACGAACCUUCUCUUCAUUGUGACUUUUCUCGCCAGUCUGGGAAUGCUAAAUGUUGUGCACAUGUUAACGCUAGUUCCUCUGAACCCUGUUAUUUUAUACAGCCGUAAGUUACGUUGCAUGACUUUCUGACUGGUUUUAUGUUGUCAUUGCUGUUCAUUUAAUGCCUGUACGUGUGGGGCGAAGGAGGGGAGGAGAGGGUGGCUCGCUCCUCGGCGAACUCGUUCACAAAUUGCCUGAGAAGCGCUGUAGAGUGGUGUUCCACGAGUGGGGUUUAGCUCUUGUAGCUGGGUUCUCUUUUUUAACUCAAUCUCAAAUAAUAGGGCUCUGGUUAUUUUGCAGAGUGGCUCUGAAGAAUGGACAGAAUUGCCAUGGCUAACUACAAGCUACAGUUCACAGUGGACAAACGUUGUAGUUUUCUUAUUUACUUUUAUAAAUUCUAUAAUUUUUUUUGCCUUUUUUUUUUUUUAAUAUCUUGUAGUUUCCAAUCAGUGCUGUAUGAUUGCUGUUGUACAAAUGCAGUAUAAAUGUGUAAUAUGUAGUUUAAGACAUGAAUGUUUCGGUGUUUUAUUUUCUUCAAUAAUUUCUGAACAUGUCAAUCUCUCAAAAUUUACAGCUGCCCACAGUCCAAAAAGGGGGUAACGAAUUGACCUGAGAAAAUUAAAGAAUUCAGUUAACAGGCGACGUAUGCCUUUUAAUUCCUAUCUUUUUUUUUUCAUUUUUUCUAUUUAAUAUUUUGAAUGAGUAGGUAGAAUGUGUUGGCAAAUAGCGAGUUUAAAAAUUGCAUGGUUAAAGAGAGCCAUUCAGCUAAUGUUAGUCAGCUCGGUGCCUUAAGUGAUUCUUUUGAAUAGCUGCUUUGACCAUGCUUUGUGUCUUUAACAGCCUGUAAAAGCAUUUUGAAGCGGGAGCCAACUGUAUAGUACAUACGUUUGUUAGAGAAGCUAUUGAUUUGCAUGUUUACACAAUUAAGUUUUAAUUUUGCUACUACCUGGCAGAGCGUUAGUAAAGUUCUGUGUAGAAGAGAAGCCUUUUGCUUUGACUGUGUUGCUGGUGCAAUAUAAACAGUUGACGUUAGUAAAGGUGAAACGUGAAAAAAUAAGCUGUAAACGCGUGACUCGAGUUGUCGUUGUGGUCGGGUCGCCUUUCGAAGGCACUGAGGUGCCUCUCGAUUCUGCUUUUUUAGAGACGCGCGUGUGGUUAAGGACAUGGCGACGGGCAAAUCUAAAGGAUACGGCUUCGUUUCCUUCUUCAAUAAAUGGGACGCAGAGAACGCUAUCCAGCAGAUGGGCGGCCAGUGGCUUGGUGGAAGGCAAAUCAGAACGAACUGGGCGACGAGAAAACCUCCGGCUCCAAAGAGUACAUACGAAUCCAACGCCAAACAACUGUCUUACGACGAUGUGGUCAAUCAGUCCAGCCCCAGCAACUGCACCGUGUACUGCGGAGGGGUGACUUCGGGACUGACAGAACAGCUCAUGCGCCAGACCUUUUCUCCCUUCGGGCAGAUAAUGGAAGUUCGAGUCUUCCCAGAUAAAGGCUACUCCUUUGUACGGUUUAAUUCCCACGAGAGUGCCGCACACGCUAUUGUGUCCGUCAAUGGGACGACUAUCGAAGGACACGUGGUGAAGUGCUACUGGGGCAAGGAGACACCGGACAUGAUCAGCCCGGUCCAGCAGAACCAGAUCAGCUACCCGCCGGCCUACGGGCAGUGGGGGCAGUGGUACGGCAGCGCCCAGAUCGGUCAGUACGUGCCCAACGGCUGGCAGGUCCCCGCCUACGGGAUGUACGGGCAAGCGUGGAACCAGCAGGGCUUUAACCAGACGCAGUCCUCGGCAGCAUGGAUGGGUGCCAGCUACGGCGUGCAGCCGCCGCAGGGGCAGAACGGCAGCGUGAUAACCAACCAAACGGGAUACCGCGUGGCGGGCUUCGAAACGCCGUGAGGAGAGGAGGACUCUUGAAACCUCGGGAGCGCCGCGAAGCUGUUAUCGACCGCCACGAUUGAUCAGAUCAGGCGUCAAGAUACGAUGUAUUUAUUUAAGAGAGAGAGAGAAACAAACGAAAAGCAUUUUUUUAAUCAUGAAAUUGUCAUCCGCAUUGUUUAACAAAGAAAGAAAAAAAGGAAAACAACAAAAAAAAAAAAAAUCACACGAAACGAGAUGCUGGAUGUCUGCCAACUUUUGCCUUCUUUUUUCCUCCUUUAUGUGUUUCUGAAGAUCCACGUUUUUGAAACACAGCAAAUGCAGGGACUACUGCCGCUGAAAAUUGGGGCAGCAAAUUGCACAACGUCGACCCCCCCCCACCCCCACCCCUUGUUUUUGGUGUUUUUCUUUUCCUUCCCUGGGAAGUAGCGUGCCGUUCUCGUUUGCAUUCCCAACCGAUUCCAAAUGUAUUAUCAAACCGUUGUAUAAACCAACCAGAAGCCAAAAGCGGGUGAACCCUGAAGCCGCUGCGCCUUCAGCCUUCGCACCGUCUGUUUUAACAACAACAAAAAAACCCACCUAAGAACCUCUUGCAUAAAACCUCCGUCUCCGCUUUUGUUACGCCGGGGUUUUGGGUUUGGUUUUGACGAUAAAUUAUGAGUUUACAUCCUUUUUAUUUUUUUUUGUAUCUCAGCGUGUUUUUCAGGGUCGUCUUUGCCUUACGACGGGGGAAAAGGGGGACGAACGGCAGGACGGCGCCUGGCUCCCCUCGUCAGCGAGGAUUCCCACCCUGGGACAGCAAAAAAUCCUGUUACUAAAAUGUGACAAAAUUCCUACGAACCAGCCGGGUUGUUUUUGUUGUUGUUGUUGUUGUUGUUUUUCGGGGUUGUGUUUGUUUUGUUUUGUUUUUUUUUUUACCGAUUUCUACAUUGACAUGUACUGAUUAUGUAAAAUAUUUUAGCAAAUUAAUAUUUUGCACAACCGUUA